AUGUUCUGCAAGGCCGCCCUCAUCACUGUUGCCCUCGCGCUCAUCGCUUCUGCCUCCCCGAUUGUGAAGCCUAGUUCUGGCAUUCGCAUCCCCAUUCAGAAGCGCGGCUCUCUGACAAACGAGGACGGCACCUUCAACGCCGAGAAGGUGGCCCGUGAGCUCGUUCGCGUUCAGAACAAGCACCGCCAGAACCUCAUCAACCUGAAGAACAACGUCGGCGUCAAGGCGUUCAACAAGGGUGCUUCGAUCAAGCCUCUCGCGACGAUCCCCACGCACGUCAAGCGUGAUGGAGUCGACCUCACCGACCAGGAGAACGACCUUCUUUGGACCGGCGAGAUCACCAUCGGCACGGACGACCAGAAGUUUGUCAUCGACUUCGAUACCGGCUCGUCCGACCUCUGGGUUCCGUCCACCUCGUGCGACUCGUGCGGCUCGCACAACAAGUACGAUCCGUCGACCUCCGGCAAGAAGGAGAGCGGUUCGUUCUCGAUCAGCUACGGCGACGGCUCUACCGCCUCUGGCGAUCCCUACACCGACACCGUCACCGUCGGUGGCGUUAAGGUCAAUGGCCAAUACCUCGCUGCCGUGACUCAGGAGUCCUCCGAGUUCCAGUCGGACCCCUCGGACGGUCUCCUCGGCCUCGCAUUCCCGGCAAUUUCCAGCCUCAACCACGACCCCUUCUUCUUCACCGCCGUCUCGCAGGGGACGGCCAAGGAGGGCCGUUUCGGCUUCAAGCUCGCCUCCUCCGGCUCCGAGCUCUACAUUGGCGGCACGAACUCGGACCUCUACAAGGGCGACAUCGAGUACCACGACAUCUCGUCCGACAACGGCUUCUGGCAGAUCGGCGGCGCGUCCGUGUCCGUGGGCGGCAAGUCGGUCGCGGACUCGUUCGACACGAUCAUCGACUCGGGCUCGACGAUCAUCACCGCGCCGACUGACGCCGCGAAGAGCUUCUGGGACGCGGUCGACGGCUCGGACGUCUACGACAGCAGCCAGGGCCUGUACUCUUACCCCUGCGACUCGGCGCCCGAGGUCUCGUUCAACUGGGGCGGCAAGGAUUGGGCGAUCUCGAGCGAGAACCUCUCGCUCGGUGAGACGGAGAGCGGCUCCGGCUCUUGUGUUGGCGCUAUCUCAGGUGGCGACCUCGGCCUCGGCGACAAUGUCUGGCUCCUCGGUGACACCCUCUUGAAGAACACUUACACCGUGUUCUCUGUCGACGACAACGGCGUCGGUUUCGCCGAGCUCGCCUGA